ACGUCAGUCCAACUUCUUCUCACCUUCCACCACCUCGCUGGAGAGGACUUCGUAUAUACUUCCCUCCAUCAAACAUUCUCGCUUACUUUCACAUCAUUAUUCUGAUUAUUCAGUAAUUAUAAUCAGAUCACUCCUAUUAAUUAUAAAUGGAGGAUCAUCAUCAACAGCAUAAUCCACCUCCAUUAACCUCCCAAUUGCCGCCCUUAUCGUUACCAUUCUUGUUGCCCCCGCCACCCCAAAACCCUCCUCUUCCUCCUCCCUAUCUCUUCACACCCUCUUCAUCCUCCUCACUGAUGACCAACCCACCUGAUCUUCUAGACAUUGAUUGGGUCAGCCUUCUCUCUGGUGGUACUCAGGCGGCUGGCUGGCUUAGUCAUGAUCAGAUUAAUAGUUUUAAGCCUAUGGCUAUGGUGGACAAAAAUAUUAGUGGCUCUGCUGGGACUAUUAUUAGUGAAGCUGCAGAUCAGGACGAAAAGGUGGGUAUUAAAAGGAAAGCUGGGGGUAGGAUGAGAAAAGCAGCGGCAAGCCGACCUAGGUUUGCGUUCCAUACUCGGAGUACGGAUGAUAUUCUUGAUGAUGGCUACCGCUGGAGAAAAUAUGGACAGAAAGCCGUCAAGAAUAGCUCAUAUCCCAGGAGCUAUUAUCGCUGCACACAUCACACAUGCAAUGUGAAAAAACAGGUCCAGAGGCUGUCUAAAGACACGAGCAUCGUCGUGACAACGUAUGAAGGAAUUCACAAUCAUCCUUGCGAGAAACUCAUGGAAACCCUAACUCCUCUACUGAAGCAAAUGCAGUUCCUCUCUAGGUUUUAAUUAACAAGUUCACUAUAUGUCAUCUUUCAUUGGCAUUUGUACUUAUAUAUUAACCCUUUGCACAAGUUGGCGAGAGAUUUGUAGAUCAAGUGGGUUAAGAAAGUUUACUUUGCAUCCGA